AAAAAGCACCGUAGCAUUUUAGUUUUCCACUGUUGUGUGCUGUUUUUCCUAGUAGGUGGAAGUAUGACUCCAUUUGUGUAGAAAGCUUGAAGUAUUCCUGCAAGCAGCUGAUGGAGGAAGCGAAGAGCCAGGACCCAGGGCUCACUGGCCUGCUCAAUCUGGGCAACACGUGCUACAUGAAUGCAGUUUUGCAGUGCCUCUGCAGCAUGCCACCGCUCGUGGAAUAUUUCCUCUCAGGGAAGGACAAAGUAGCCCUGCAGGAGGAUACCAAUGAUUCUGCAGCUGCCUUUAGCUGGUUGAUAUCCACUAUGUGGCUUGGAGACUGUGACUGUGUUUCCCUGGAGCCUUUCCAUUCAGUCCUUGAGAAGCGGUACCCAACUUUUACCAAGCGGACUCAGCAGGAUGCACAGGAGUUUCUGAUCUGUGUGCUGAAUGAGCUCCAUGAGGCUCUCAAGAACUCAAGCAAAAGAAAACAUGUCCUUGAUGCACAAAGAAGCAGGGGCGCUGCCAGCGAAACAUCGAUUGUCACAGAGCUGUUCGAAGGCCAGCUCAGUUACGCCAUCACGUGUCUGGAAUGCAGGACCACCAUCCGCAGACCCGAGAGCUUCACUGUUCUGUCCCUGCCCAUUCCUUCUAAGAGCAGCUGCUCUCUCCAGGACUGUCUCAAAUGCUUCUUUCAGCGAGACACACUGACUUCCAACAACCAGAUCCACUGUUCCUUGUGCAGAACAAAACAAGAUGCUGUAGUUGAGACCACCAUAACCAAGGCACCACAGAUUGUUAUUUUUCACCUGAAGAGGUUUGAAUGGCAAGGCAACAGGAGAAGGAAACUCUCAACUGACAUCCACUAUCCCCUCAGCAAUCUGGAUCUCUCUCCCUACACUGCCCCACCUUGCUGCGUGGAUGCAGAGUACAGCUUGUAUGCUGGAGUGGUGAGCUUUUCCUCUCUUGUUUUUAUUUGUAAUCCCCUGCCUCAUACAGCAGGUGAAGAUUGCAUUGGUUUGAACUUUUUAUAUAGAAUUCUGCAAGUGAAACAAAAAAGAUUGCCGAUUCCUAGCUUUUCCUGCCCUAUAAGGAGGAAACCUGAGACUUUUGUUGUAACAGUGUGGUGUUUGUUACAGAACCACUCUGGUUUUCUGGAUAAUGGCCACUACACAGCAUUCUGCAAGCGCUCAGCCUCUGAAUCCUGGUACAGGUUUGAUGAUGAACUGAUCACCAAGAUCCCACAUUCCUCAGUGCAGACUAACACAGCUUAUGUUCUAUUCUAUACCCAUCAAAACCUUCUCUGCAACCAUUAAAAAAUUGCUAGCUGUGGAAAAGGAACAUGGAACAGUCCAGCAAUUGGAAUUCAUUGGCAGCAUUAGCCAAGGUAUGUUUUAUCAAUAAAGUAUAGAAUAUUUGUAUUGCUGAUCCUCCGUUGUGGCAUUUCUAGGGAGAGGAACUGCAGCUUCCAAGCCUGUUAAGGAACAUACCCUUGCUGCAUUUGUACAAGGUCUGAGGGUUGUUUUCCUUGACAAACCUCUGCCAUCCCUCAAAAACUAAGGAUACAGAUGCACUCACCUGAAAAUGCCUCUUUCUCUGUUGGUCAAGUCUAUCAUGUAGUUUAAAGCUGCCUUUCAGAAACAGACAGUAGGAUACUGAGGUGAGAGCAUAGGAGCAGACACCUGAGGGGAGGUAUUUCCGAAGAGAGCAGGGGAUUAAGUGACCAAUAAUGUAAGAGAAAGAAAAAGGCAUUAUUCUAGUACUCUCAUUUCUGUCCCUCCAGCACUGCAGAUUUGUUUACAGCAGGUAAGCUUCAGGAAAACAAUCAAUCCUGAUCUUAAUUCCAUCAGCAAGACACAUGCCCAUAGACAGAUAAAACCUCAGCAUGCAGGACCUAGGAUUUUUGAAUGCCAGACUACCCAGAGAGGGAAAACUAACCCAAAUCCAGAGCAGGACGUGCACAAGACACAACUGAAAUAGUUUCUGACCUCCUC